AGCUGUUCCAUCGGCGGAAUAAAGAUGGCUGACCAAGGCGCCGCAGAUCCUGGUAAUAACAACAAUAAUAAACCUGAAGCAUCGGAUGGAACUAUUAUCAAGGUCACCGUAAAAACUCCGAAAGACAAAGAAGAAAUCGCCAUCGCAGAGGAUGCGUCUGUCACUCAGUUUAAAGAAGAGAUCUCGAGGCGGUUUAAAGCCAAACAGGACCAGUUGGUUCUGAUUUUUGCAGGGAAGAUCUUGAAGGAUGGCGACAGCCUCAGUCAACAUGGCAUCAAGGAUGGCCUGACGGUUCACUUGGUCAUAAAGACGGCACACAAGGCAGGAGAUGGCGGUAGCACCUCAGCCUCCAGCUCGACCUCGACUCAAGCAGGCAAUACCUCUAGUCCAGGUACAAACCCCCCCUCCUCUACUGGCACUGACGCAUCACCCACACAGACGCCCAACAUACUGAGUGAGUCCACAUCUGGCUUCGGUGACCUGUCCGGUCUGGCUGGACUGGGCAUGGGCUCAGCUAACUUUAUGGAGCUGCAGCAACAGAUGCAGAGGCAGCUCAUGUCCAACCCAGAGAUGCUGUCUCAGAUCAUGGAGAACCCGUUGGUGCAGAACAUGAUGUCCAACCCAGACCUGAUGAGACAAAUGAUCAUGGCCAACCCUCAGAUGCAACAGCUAAUGGAACGCAACCCUGAGAUCUCCCACAUGCUCAACAACCCCGAGCUUAUGAGACAGACCAUGGAGCUGGCCAGGAACCCGGCCAUGAUGCAGGAAAUGAUGCGAAACCAGGACCGGGCUCUGAGCAACUUGGAGAGCAUCCCAGGAGGUUACAAUGCCUUACGGAGGAUGUACACAGACAUCCAGGAACCCAUGUUCAGCGCUGCCAGGGAACAGUUUGGAAACAACCCAUUCUCAGCUCUAGGUGGGAACUCUGAGUCUGGUGCCCAGCCAUCACGGACAGAGAACCGGGAGCCCCUGCCUAAUCCAUGGGGGCCACCAAAUUCCUCUAGCCCCGCAGAGAGUGGUGGGGCCCCCACAGGGAGCACGAGCACCACUGGAGGCACCAACCCCAGUGUUUCUAAUCCUCUGGGCAUCAAUCCUGGCAGUCUGGGCAAUGGGAUGUUUAACAGCCCAGGCAUGCAGAGCCUAAUGCAGCAAAUCUCGGAAAACCCUCAGCUGAUGCAGAACAUGCUUUCUGCUCCGUACAUGCGCAGUAUGAUGCAGUCACUGUCUCAAAACCCAGAGUUGGCAUCACAGGUUUUGAUGAAUAACCCCUUGUUUGCUGGAAACCCACAGCUGCAGGACCAGUUCAGAUCUCAGUUGCCAAUUUUUCUGCAGCAGAUGCAAAACCCAGAAGCCCUGUCAGUGAUGACCAAUCCCCGCGCCAUGCAAGCUCUCAUGCAGAUCCAACAGGGUCUACAGACACUGCAGACAGAAGCACCAGGCCUCAUGCCCGGUUUGAUGUCAGGUGGGGUUCCUGGUGGACUUCCUGGUGGACUUCCUGGUGGACUUCCAGGAGGAAUUCCAGGUGGAGUUCCAGGUGGAGUUCCAGGUGGAGUUCCUGGUGAAGUUCCUGGUGGAGUUCCUGGAGGAAUUCCUGGAGGAUUUCCUGGUGGUUUUCCUGGUGGAUUUCCUGGCUUAAUUCCUGGCAUACCCACAGGUGGGGGCAUGCCAACAGAGAACCCGGCCUCCUCACCAAGCAGUGCAGGAACAAAUGCCGCCCAGCAACAGCUGAUGCAACAGAUGCUCCAGAUGUUUGCUGGAGGUGGAGGAGGUGUUGGAGGAGUUGGUGGAGGAAAUACAACGGCCCAGACCCCAGAAGUGCGGUUCCAGUCCCAGUUGGAUCAGCUGAGCGCCAUGGGCUUCAUCAACCGCGAGGCCAACCUUCAGGCCCUCAUUGCUACUGGAGGAGACAUCAACGCCGCUAUCGAGAGACUGCUGGGCUCACAGCCCUCGUAAAGACAUACAGUACAUACUGACACACAGACACGUGCAUACAUACACACCUAACUCAGAAACACACCCAGCAUCUACAGAGAACCAAGAGAAAUUUAAGUGUAUUGUCCCAAACUUUACAGAAGACACUUGGCAGGAUCUGUUAGACCCUCAUUCUACAUCUGUUCUCAGAUCAUUCCCUAGUCCCCAUACUUUUUGCCGUCAUCCAACCAGUUCUCUGUCAUGGAGUGCUGCUGUAGAGCCGGACUGAACCACUCUCAUCUUGAGGGGUGUUCUGGUGCAGAGAAAGGAGCGAAAACCUAUCCUGAAAAGGGACUCCCAACCAUUUCUUCAUUCACUGUUUUCUUCACAUAAAACUGGAGUUGAUUGUUGCAGACACUUACAUAACACAGAUUAAACUCAUGUGAUGUGAUUGGCUGUUGGCUCUGUUUUAUACAUGGCCAUUGUCAGGCAGUUUGUUAGCAUUUAACGAGCAAAUCGAAACAUGAAAAUGUUCUGGUAUACUGACAGUAAACCUGAACACCAACAGGAAGACAACCCCAUUCCUCCCUAAAACCCUAUUCUCGAGAUUCUACAUGAAUAGCUGUUUUUGCCCAACAACUUUCACUAUUUAUUGCAAGCGCCUAAUAAAAUGACGCCCUCCAGACUUACCUUAACUUGUGAUUUGUCAUUCCAGAUAAAUGUGCCCACUCACGGGUGCACAGUGUCUUUUCCUUCUGAGGCACCACUGCUGUGCCUUCUGUCCUUCCCCGCCCUUUAAGCGCAAUGUCGGCAAUGACACCCCGCGUCCAGUGGGUUAAUUAGAGAGCCCCAAUAAAUUCCACACAGCAUCUUCCAGAACUGCGACCAUAAUCAAAUAUCACAUUGCAGCAGCUCCAAAGCAGACAACGCUGUUGGAAAAAAUAUGAAAGAAACAAACAAGCUUUCCUUUUGUUUUAAUCUGAUUCUUUUUUUCAUUAUAAUAUUUUUCUUUUUUUGAGGUGCAGUUGGUACCUCGAAAUAAUUAUGAUUUUUCUCAUCAAAUAAACAUUUGAAAUCAAGUGGGUAUAAAAUAAAUGAUUAAAUGAUGGAAAGGCUUUACAAACAAUUAUGGUAUGGUGGCGCCAUACAUUUAUAAAAUCAAGUUCUCGGAUGUCUUUUUUUGUGUUGAAAAUCUCAGCAUUGUAGUUGUGGUAACCUUGGCAACUGCUUCUAUAGCUUUGCUUGGUCUGUUGACCUCGGCUGGAAAAAAAUCCAUCUCACAAUUGAACAUGUUGAAACUAACUUUUAACAGUACUGUACUAAAGAAGAAUAAAACAUGGUCAAAAACA